AGAAGAGGACACUCCCAAUCUCACCCCUAUUGGUCAAAUCUGCUCUCUGAGUGUGUGACUAAGAACCAAUAGGAAAGCUUCAUUCAGCCCAGUAGGCAUGUGCACCUGCCAUAUAUACUCUGUGGUGUGUAUUGAAAGGGUAUGCUUGAAACGGGGAGAAACAUGAAGCUGGCUACCAAUUUGUGUAUAAUGUCUGUCACUUGGUUGGUGUGGGCUGUUACAGACAGUUUGAGCCAGGAUAAAUAAUCACACUGGACUUUGUGGAAAUAAUCUUGGGAUUCUAGCUGUCUUUCCUUCAAUUUGGCCAACUUUUGAUACAUCUCUUUUCAAAGAAAGAAUGCUGAACCAUCAGGCUACAUAAGAUGAAGAUUAUGGAUUGACAGCUGGAAGUGAAAUAUAAUUGAAGUGCUUUGAUUUGAUGAAAAAAAAAGAAAGUGCUCAAGAUGGGUCCAAAGUUACGCAAGAAGAUCCUCAUUGUAGGGAGCUCUAUUCUCUUUACUAUCUUCACAAUUCAGCUGACAGGUUUCAAUAUUUUGAGAGAUGAUGAGGACUCUAUGAAGUUCACUAACAUUGCCUUGCCCAGUACUAAUGGAAAGUUCAGAACUUUUGUUCCAUCCAAAGGAGAUCAUAAGAGAAACUUGCUUCAUGCCAGCAAACAGGGAAAGGAAGAGAUUGGUUUUGAUAGUAAAGAUACCAGAAGAACCUUACAAGAUAUCAGAACAGCAGAUGAUAUCAAAGGACACCCAAGGUUAGGUGAUGAGACUUCCCUGAAACAAGAUGCAUUUCAGGGAAUUAGAAAUGUAACAGUUGCCAUGACAACAAAACUCCAGUUUGAGAAUAUGUUUCCAUCACUGCUGGAAGAGGAGAAGUGUCCGUUAUGUUAUGGAACCACCAAUUGUGACCAGAUCUAUGCUGGUAAUAUCUCCUUCCAUGUUGGAAGUGUGAACUUGAGUGAGCCUCAUGCCAUCAAAGGUACAUGGGGAGACCGGAGGAUUGUUGGGAAGAGGUUGGUCUCAAGAGAGAUGUUUCAGAGAUUGGAGAAGAUCAUUUGUAACCAGUCUCAGGUGGAUGUAAAGAAGUCAUGUGAGGUCAAUGCUGCAGCUACCAAUAGCUGGAUGUCGAAGGGUUUUGCUCUCAACAGGGUACACAAACUUCACCAAGAAGUUUAUGAAAAUCAUCUUAUUGCAAUUAGUGCAACUACCUGUGCAAGUCCAGAUUUCUAUGAUGAUUUAAAACAACUUUAUGGAGUGAGUAGAUGGAGAACAGGAAUCGCAUCAACAGAGAUGGCCAUUCUUGCUGCAACUUUAGCUCUUGAUCCAGAACCAGCUUUACUCAAGUUUUUCAGGCAUAUUCCACCUCUUCAACCGUACUUCAGUGAGUACCUUGGAGAAUGUGGCAGAGUCAUAUUGACCGAACCUAGCGGUAAACCUCUCGUCAGCUACCUCAAGGCAUCAUGGAAACACAGGGUUGACAUCUCUCUCAAGAUUCUCAAAAUGAUCGAAGACUUUCAUAAUUCUAGUGACAAGUGGCUUGUCUUACUUCUAGACUUUACUUAUGAAAACUUUGUGUUGACCUCCGAAGGUCAGCUGAAGGUCGUGAACCUUAGCGGUAUAGUGAUUGUCGAUAAGGAUCAGACCUCUACAACACCUGACAUGAACCCACAUCUUAACAAUCGGACAGACGUUUGUAACGAGGAUUGCCUAAACACAUUUGUGAAGCAGCUGCAGACGGAACCAGAUACUCACUGUAGAGAAGUCCCAAGACAUGUUGAGUUCAUGUAUAUGAUGGCAUGUCAUUCUUUACUCUCUGAUCUCAUGACAACUAAAUAUGAACGAUUCUUUCAACCUCUAGAUACUCCAAGAAAACAUCAUCCAGGUGGUUUGCUUCAUGAUGCUCCCUAUGAAGUUGAUUCUAUGCUAAGUGAUCUCCUCUAUGAGUGUGUUUUUGAAGGCCAACCUGGAAGAAGAAUGCAUUCUGUCAGGGUUCUCAAGCGCCUUCUUAAUAUCAUCAAGAGAGGCUUCUCCUACACAUUUGCUGCUGACAAGACAUCACUAUGACAGCAUCUGAGGUGAUGUUCUCCUAAGCCUCACAUUGCCAUCCUGGGUGAAUGCAUUCUGUCAGGGUUCUCAGAGGGUCUUCUCCUAGACCAUUGCUGCUAACAAGACAUGAAAUGAUGUUCUCUGAACCUUUCAUUGUCAUCCUUGAAGAAGGAUGCAUUAUGUCAAACAGAAUAAAAGCCCGCAGUUCUAUGCACUUUAAUCAUUAGCAAUAAAAACACAAGUAAAUAUGACAGUAGAAGCACAUUGGAGGAAUGUUUGAGAAGAAACUGAGUGAGAUUUUUAUAAGGUCUUGUUUCAUGGAAAAGGGGGGGGGUGUCCGUGUAAGGCCAAAGUUUAUAUUUUUGUGCUGUUUACAAUGAGAGUUAUAUACAUGUAUAUCCAGCAAGGCUUACAGGGAUUACAAUUUUUGUAAUGGGAUAGAUAUUUCAUUGCCUUAUAGAGAUAUAAGUCCACCAUUAGUGACAACUCUGUCAUUACUAUCUAAUACCAUGGUAGCACUCAAACAGUCGAUCACAUUCAAGGUGUUGUGGAAGUUGCAAUUGAUAACAAAUGUAUUAUCACUGCUAAUAUUCAUGGAAAGAGAACCUGGACUGAUAAUAGAUAGCAAAUAAGAGACUACCUCUCAUUCUACUGUCUUAAUACCCAAUGGAAAGUCAAUGAAGAGGAGGUGCUAUAGCUCAGUCAGUAGAGCAGGGGUUUUGGAUAUUAGCCCUUUGGUAAGGCAUUUAUCCUCAUUACCAGGUCCCUCAGAGAGGACUUUAAGCUGUCUGUCCUCUGGUUGCUUGCUUACAAGCAUUCAUGCUCAUGGUAUGUCUUCCUUUUCAUGUUAUUGUUUCAUGACACAUGAAAUCAGUUUACCAAGACAUUUUCCUAAGCUGUCGACAAUAAGUGCCCAAAUCAGGUCAAACCUGUUCCAAACUAGAACACAAGAGGGAGCUAGCCUUGGUGAGACUCAGAUUCAAAUUAAGCAGCAUUAAUUCUUUGUAUGAAUGUUCAAUUCAAUAAUAAUAAACUACUUGUUUUUUUUUCAUCUUGCCAUUUUUUCAGAAAUUGUCGUGUUUCAAUAUCAUUAGUUUCAUCAGGCCUCAUUAAUCCAUAAAGUGAAUUCAAGAUUUGUUUUUUUCAUCAUGUAAUUGAUCUGCCUGCAGGAGAAACAUCUUUUUAAAUUUUGUUUCAGUAAAAAAAAAAUAGAGUGAAAACAGAAACAAAGGCAUGACUUAAAUUUACUUACCUUCAUGAGAUUAUUCAUGCAAUUUUCAUCAAAAUGAUUUGUGCUGAAUAUUAUAAUCUCUUUGAUGUCACUCACUUUGGGCUUGUUCAACUUUGUACACAUGAUCCAUUAAAAGCCAACUAUGAGGAAGUAUUGCAUAAUCAUAAUUGAGAUGUUGUUUGGGUAUAACCGACCCAUCAAUCAUGAUUCUAACUAAAACAUGUUUCAAGAUGCAUUGUUGUGUCACGUUUUCUAUUAUCAUCAUGAUUACUAGUAUAUGAAUAUUUUCUCAGUCGCAGUCAAAAGUGCACAAUAGCUGAUUUCUCACUAAAACUGUGACUAGAAUGACAUUAAAAGCAUUUAUUAAUACAUUUAUUACAGAUUACAAAUUAGUCAUUCAGUAUCUUUAUAUGUAUUGUUCUUGAUAUAAUUUGUAGCAUGUCAUUUUCUUGCACAACUAUUAAUAUUAAAUGUAAAAUAUCACCAUUUAUUUUUAGAUACUGUACAUUUGAAUCACAUGGCUAAUUUUCUCUAUAUAUUAUGGAAACUUGGCAGGAUCUUCAAAUGUUUCCAAAGUAAUGAUAAGUAUAUAUUAAAAUUAUUGAUACUUAACUGAAAUCUAGUUGAAAUAAAUUUGAAUAGUCACAAAUUAUUUUGCGAUAACUACAGCAACAAUUA